GGUGAUUUCCGUCACAAGCGCGCCGAUAUUGUUCAUCAAUUCCUCCGUACGACAUACUUGUAACAACACCAAACAUCAGCCACUGUUUCCAUUGUUCAACGUAGCAAUUGCCGUCAUGCAUAUCACAGGCAGACUUUUUCAGUCCUGCAGGAUCACCUUUUUUACCCGCACGGGUUGCGGCCUAUGCACCCAAGCGAGAUCGGUCCUGUCUGAUGUUUGGGAUCAACGGCCCUUUGCUUUCAAAGAGAUCGACAUUAUCAAGCCAGAAGCCAAGAGCUGGCGGGAUCUGUACGAUUUUGAUGUCCCAGUGAUCCAUAUCAGCAACGCCCAGUCACCUGAGGAAGACCCAAAACUGUCCUCUAGAGCUGCAAAGUUAAUGCAUCGAUUUACCGUUGAGGAGGUCAUGGCCAAAAUGGAUACUGUUGAGAAGUGACGGUGCCAUCCUGCAACUAAACUUGUACCCUACUCCCCGGGCCUCUUUGGAACGCUACUGCUCCUUACUCGCAACGAACGUCAAGGGUAGAAGCCGGCCAAUGGAGACAAUGGAGGCCUCGGGAGGUUUCCGCACUACCUCAUCCCACCG